AUGCUGCCCUAUAUGGAACAGGUGUUACGGGCAUUCUAUCAGAGUACCAAUUGGAAUACACAAAAUAGUUACGAAGAUAUUACGGCUACUUCGAGAACAUUAUUGGACUUCCAAAUUCCUUCUGCAAUUCACUUGCAGAUCUCCAACAAGUCUACUCCUAACACAUUCAACUCUUUAGAUUUCUCCACGAGGUCAAGGAUAAAUGGUUCCUUGAGUUAUUUAUAUUCAGAUGCACAGGAUUUAGAGAAGUUUAUGCGUAGCUCUACCGAUAUCCCAUUACAAGAUGCCACUGAAACAUAUAGACAUUUACAACCGAAUUUGCACUUCGGCAGCAAUGGUAGCAACACCACGAAGAUUGGCGAAGAUGUAAUCGAGGUUAAUAAAAAAGCGUUGCAUGAUUCGAAAUUUGUUAAGAAAUCUCUUUAUUACGGUAGAAUGUACUAUCCAAGCUCAGAUUUGGAGGCAAUGAUAACAAAACGACUCACCCCGCAAACUCAAUUCAUGCUUAAGGGAGUCAGUAGUUUCAGAGAGAACUUAAACGUUUUAACAUGCUAUUUCCAAAGAGAUUCUCAUCGGAAUCUACAAGAGUGGAUUUUUUCUACCAGUGAUUUAUUAUGCGGAUAUAGAGUAUUGCACAAUUUCCUUACAACGCCGUCCAAAUUUAACACUUCAUUGUACAACAAUUCCUCGUUGUCUCUUGGAGCUGAAUUUUGGUUGGGGUUGGUCAGUUUAAGUCCCGGUUGUUCCACAACUUUAAGAUAUUAUACACACUCUACCAAUACGGGACGGCCCUUAACUUUGACAGUUUCUUGGAACCCAUUAUUCGGACACAUAUCUUCCACGUAUUCAGCCAAGACAGGAACAAACUCUACAUUUUGUGCUAAAUACGACUUCAAUCUCUAUUCCAUUGAAUCAAAUCUUUCAUUUGGUUGCGAGUUUUGGCAAAGGAAACAUCUUUUACCUAAGAGCAACCACAAUAAAAAGCUCAAUGACGUACCAGAGCCGAUGGCCCGUGACUCAGUGGGUGAGAGAGGGAAUAAGAGAACGGCGGCGCUACUACAUGAAAAUGUACCGAACCUGAACUCGGUUGACAACAAAAAUGUAUCUUCAUCGGAUAUACCAGAUCAUAAGCAAAAGUUAUUGAAUGACUUGACUUAUGCAUUUUCGUCAUCUUUGAGAAAAAUAGACGAAGAAAGAUCCACUAUUGAAAAAUUCGAUAACAAGAUAAACAAUUCCAUCUUUACCGGUGUUUGGAAACUAAGUACGUCAUUACGCGAUAGGACUUUAAAGCUAUUAUGGGAAGGUAAAUGGAGGGGGUUUUUGAUAUCUGCUGGGACAGAACUAGUAUUUACUAAAGGUUCUGGAGGGGCUUUGCCCAACGGUGAGAAGAAUGGUGGUGAUGCAGUAGCGAUACUUGAUACAGAAAACAAUAUUCCGAUUCUUCCCGCCAAAUUUGGUAUACAAUUCCAAUACUCCACAUGA